UAAAAAUAUUUAAACAUUAAGAAAAAAUGAUAAAGAAAAUUGAAAAUAAAAUGUGACAACUGAAAAUAAUAAAGCAGAAAAUGAAAAUAAUAAUGUUUAAUAUUUUGAUAUAGUUUAAGGAUACAUCAGGCUCAUGCAUAUCAGACCAUGGACUCUCAUUUCGAGUUUCAAGACAUAGACAAGGUAUCAUCAAUACCAACAACACAUCUAUCAUAUAUUGUACAGCAAUUACUGCCAGUACGUCUAAUUGGCCAUCAGAGAUUUGAGAUGUUUGACAAAAGAUUUCAGCAACGUACAGACUUAGAUGACGAUGACUUCCAAGUAUUGCCUGUCGGAAGUCUGGCUGAAGGACUGAAUAUGCCACCUGUGAUCAUUAAAAAGUCAGGAGAGGAAAUUUAUGGAGGUGACUUUACAGACAUGGAUUUAAUGCUUGUCCAGGUAAAAGAGCAAGUAACAUUUGAGCAAAGUAAGAUGUAUACUGAGGAAUAUUAUGCUCUUGCUGAAACAGAUGAUAUCCAUAUUGGAUAUGCCAGAAUUAAUUUUUCCAAAAAUCCGAAAGUUCCUAUGUACAAAGAUGGCAAAAUCCUUCAAAUGCACAUGCUAUCAGAAGCUUUGAAAAUAACUACAAAUGAAAAGAAGAUUGAGAUUAAUGGUCCAGCAAUUACAACACUUACACCACCUGUUACAAAAUCUAACUACAAAACUCAUGACAAAGCACCAUCAACUGAUCAAGUCCUUGCCCUUCCAUGUAAAGAAUGGCCACCAAUGGCUAGGAACUGGAUAGCAAGAUCACAUGACAGGGGUUGGCUAGACAGCACUUUGAUACAUUCACUUACAGCAGAUGGUUGCCACUUUGUCCCAGCUUGUCACAGAUUAAGUACAACACCACAUGAGGAAUGGAGGAUUUCUUUUGCUGCAACUGAACGACGAAUUGCAAGGGAGGCAGUAACAGACCAUCAAAGACAGGCUUAUAUUCUGAUCAAACUGUUGUAUCACCAGACACUCAAGGAAAAAGGGCUUGUUACUUCAUAUCAUCUGAAAACAGUCUUCUUCCAUGCUUGUGAAAGGAUUCCUCAGAUGGCCUGGGAUGAGAAUAUUGGGGCCUGCAUCUUUUACUUCCUUGAUAUUUUAAUAGACUGUAUCAAAAAGAAAACCAUCCCAAAUUUCUUCAUUCCUGAGAACAACCUUAUUGACUAUCUAACAGAUGAGGAAAUACAGAUUUUGAAAACAACCUUGGAAAAGUUAAGAAGAGAUCUAAUAUUGCCUUUACUUGAUUUUACUGAUGAAAAACUCAUUAGUUUGGCAAGUGUUCAACAUCCAUUUAGAUCCUUGAUAGAACCUGUUCUAUCAGACAUGAACAUGUACCUGAAACACAAAGACCAAAAAUGCACAGUAUUAAAUGCAUUCAUUCCAACCAGUUUUAACAUUCUGCUUAAACAACUGGAAGAAGGGAAACCAGAAGAAAGUGUACAUGUGGCUACUGAAUUACACUCCUUGCUUGUGAAACACAACAUGACAGAAGAAACACUGCCAGAGUUUUUUACUUGGAAUAUUGCUCACCAUAUGACAGACGGACGACUGUCUAUCAGCUUCUUAGAGCAAGCUAUUUCCAUGCAUGAAGGAGAUGAAGACUUCAACUGUUGUAGAGACCACCUUCCCUGUAUGUAUCAUGUAGCAGCAUAUCGGUUCCCACCCAAAUCCCACGAGCACAAGGUAUACUGCGAUAAAGCUGAACAAGCUUUCUUAUCCCAGUUUGCCCAUCAAGGCGUCUCUGGAGCUUACUGUGAUUACUCAUUGCUUCUGAUCAAGCAAAACAGGUUUAACGAAGCUUUAACCUGGCUCAACAAAGUUAUUGAAGAGGAUAAUGCUAACCUGGGAAACAUAUAUGAUGCAGAUGAAAUUAUGACAGUAGAUGAAGUGAUUCAGAAUGAAAUUGUGGAACACAAUAACUUCUCUGCUCCAUCAACUUCUCUUGCUUAUUAUCUGAAAGUAUUUUGUCUAAAAAGAUGUAGUGAAGGUCAAAACAACACCAUGGAUAGUUUACUACAGAACUUCAAACAUCAUGCCGAUGUGGAGAAGCUCCCUCGUACGUAUGCGUUGCUAGGAUACAGUUACAUGGAUUGUGGAGACUGGCGGGCAGCAUCAGAUGCAUUAUCACUCGCUAUAAAAGCAGACACACAGGGAGAGUAUACCAGAGCAUGUAAAAUGAAAAGAUACUGUGAUGAAAGGAUCAGUCAACAAGAAAAAUCUCAGAUUUAAAAAAGACAGAUCAGACUGUUUAAUACUAAACCUGACAAAUAGUUGACAUUGCCAGAUAAACCAACAAAUUUCAAAACAACUAAUGCUGUAACUCUAUAUUUAAUCCCCGCCACAAGUGGUGGGGGGUUAUAGGAAUGGUCUCUGUCCGUCCUUCCGUAACAUAUUGUGUCUGCUCUGUAUCUCCUAAACCCCUUUAAGGAUUUUCAUGAAACUUGGGUCAAAUUAUCACCUCAUCAAGACGAUGUGCAGAACCCAUGAGUCAGCCAUGUCGGUUCAAGGUCAAGGUCACAACUCGAGAUCAAAGGUUUGAGCCUUACAUUUCGUGUCCGCUCUGUAUCUCCUAAACCCCUUGAAGGAUAAUCAUGAAACUUGAAUCAAAUGAUCACCUCAUCAAGACGAUAUGCAGAACCCAUGAGUCAGCCAUGUCGGCUCAAGGUCAAGGUCACAACUCAAGGUCAAAGGUUUGAGGCUACCAUUUUGUGUCCGCUCAGUAUCUCUUAAACCUCUUGAAGGAUAAUUAUGAAACUUAGAUUAAAUGAUCACCUCAUCAAGACGAUGUGCAGAACUCAUGAGCCAGCCAUGUCGGCUCAAGGUCAAGGUCACAACUUAGAGUCAAAGGUUUGAGCCUUCCAUUUUGUGUUCAUUCUGUAUCUCCUAAACCUCUUGAAGGAUUUACAUUAAACUUGGGUCAAAUGAUCACCUCAUCAAGAACUCAUGAGUCAGCCAUGUCAACUCAAGGUCAAGGUCACAACUCAAGGUCCAAGGUUUGAGCUCUGUAUCUCCUAAACCCCUUUUGGAUUUUCAUGAAACUUAGGUCAAAUUAUCACCUCAUCAAGACAAUGUGCAGAACCCAUGAGUCAGCCAUGUCAGUUCAAGCUCAAGGUAAAAGGUUUGAGCCUUUCAUUUUGUGUCCGCUCUGUAUCUCCUAAACCCCUUGAAGAAUAAUCAUGAAACUUGAAUCAAAUGAUCACCUCAUCAAGACGAUGUGCAGAA